AUAUCCCCCAAGUAGACGACGGGAGCACAAGUAGAUCGCUUCCGAGUUUGCCAAUCUCCUUCUAUUGCGUCUUACUCCAAUUGGCCUGUUUCGUUUCGCACCGAUUCCGCCUAUGCCCACAAGUCAAUACGCGGCCCCGCCAUACAAUUCCCUAAAACACAAAAGUCCAAUUGCACGCGAUAAUGGCGUCUCUUACCAAGGGGAGCAUUCCAGAUCCCACUGCAGACCUUCACUGGUCUGACUUCAAGGGGCCUAUUCAUGAGAUUUUCGCAGGAAAUGCCCGCAAACACCCGGAGCGGCCAUGCGUGGUGGAAACUGCUACUAGCAAAACUCCAGAGCGCCAAUUCACAUAUAAAGACAUAUUCGAGGCCACAGCCGUAUUAGCGCACCAUCUUGUGCAGAAUGGCGUGCAGAGAGGCGAGGUGGUCAUGAUCUUCGCCCAUCGUGGUGUAGAUCUGGUCGUCGCUAUCAUGGCUGUACUUGCGGCAGGAGCGACCUUCUCUGUGCUGGAUCCACUAUAUCCCCCGGACCGCCAAUGCAUCUACCUCGAAGUCUCCCAGCCGCGCGCCCUCGUUGUCAUCGAUAAAGCCAUUCGGGAAGCAGGCCCUCUCUCGGACCAGGUCCGUACCUACAUCAAAGAGAAUCUACAACUCAGGACCGAAAUUCCUGCACUCGAGCUCAAGAAUGAUGGGACACUGAUAGGAGGUACCAAAGAUGGAAAGGAUGUACUGGACGACCAGCAGCAACUUAGGGCCGAGCUUCCAGGAGUGCUGGUCGGGCCAGACUCAACUCCAACACUAUCCUUUACCUCGGGCUCAGAAGGAAAGCCCAAGGGUGUCAAAGGGCGUCACUUCUCGCUCACACAUUACUUUCCAUGGAUGGCUGAGACAUUUGGACUGUCUGAGAAUGACAAGUUCACUAUGCUUUCUGGCAUCGCCCAUGAUCCUAUUCAGCGAGACAUCUUUACACCCCUCUUUCUCGGCGCGCAACUACUCGUACCCAGCAAAGAGGACAUACAGCACGAGAAGCUCGCUGAAUGGAUGCGCAAGUACGGCGCCACAGUCACACACCUUACACCUGCCAUGGGCCAAAUCCUCGUAGGAGGUGCAUCGGCAGUGUUUCCCACCCUGCAUCACUCAUUCUUCGUAGGCGACCUAUUGAUCAAGCGAGACUGCAGAAGAUUACAAAACCUAGCACCCAAUGUGCGCAUCGUGAACAUGUACGGAACGACAGAAACCCAACGAGCCGUCAGCUACUAUGAGCUGCCGAGCUGCACAGAAGCACCCGAAUUCCUGGACAGCAUUGGAGAUGUGAUUCCGGCUGGCCGUGGAAUGAAGAAUGUCCAGCUUUUAGUGGUCAAUCGCGAAGAUCGGAACCAGAUUUGCAAACCUGGCGAGAGCGGUGAAAUAUACGUACGCGCCGGUGGUUUGGCCGAAGAAUACCUUGGACUACCAGAUCUGACAGCUGCCAAAUUCGUCGACAAUUGGUUUGUGGAUCAACAAAAGUGGGUAGAUGAGGACAAGAAGAAGGUAGAGAGUCUAGGUGCUGCUGAGCCGUGGCGGGAAUUCUACAAAGGUCCCCGGGACAGGUUAUACCGCUCUGGUGACUUGGGUCACUACUCGGAAGACGGCAACGUUCACUGCACAGGAAGAGUAGACUCGCAGGUCAAGAUCCGUGGCUUCCGUAUUGAACUGGGUGAGAUUGACUCGCAUCUAUCUGCUCAUCCACUGGUGCGCGAGAACGUCACUUUGCUCAAGCGUGAUGCUUACGAAGAGCCAACACUUGUCAGCUACAUCGUUCCUGAGAUGAAGCGAUGGUACGACUGGCUAGAAGAGCGUGGUGCCAAGGAUAGCAAUUCUGUCGAGGAUACCAGCAUGGUCACGAUGCUGAAACGCUUCAAGUACCUACGCGAUGACGUACGAGAACACUUGAAGAAGAAGCUCCCUGCUUAUGCUGUACCAUCCAUCAUCGUUCCACUCAUCCGGUUCCCAUUAAAUCCGAACGGCAAGAUCGAUCGACCAGCGCUGCCUUUCCCCGAGCCAGCACAUUUGGCAGCUGCAGGCGCGAGACGUCCUUCACAGUUGGGUGCAGCUUUGACACCAACUGAGAAGACCAUGGCUGGCAUAUGGGCAGAGCUUCUGGGCGACCGCGGUGUCACAGCCGAUAGCAUCGGCGGAAGCGACUCCUUCUUCGACUUGGGUGGCCACAGUAUCAUUGCACAACAGUUGUUCUUCAAGAUUCGGCAAGAAUGGAAAGACAUCGAUGUGCCCAUGACGACCAUUUUCCAGUACCCUACAUUGCGCGGCUUCUCGUCGAACAUCGACCAGGCUAUGGAUCCUAUUGGUUUGCGCUUGGACACGGCAGAGGCCAUCGAAGAUGAUCCAGAGGAUGAAGCUUACUCUGCGGACGCCAGGGAGCUUGCCAACCAGUUGAUCGAGUUCAAGACCAGGGAACCUUUGGAUCCAAAGGAAGAAGUACAUACCUUCCUCACUGGUGCAACAGGUUUCUUGGGCGCCUACAUCCUACGAGACAUCCUAUCUAGGCCCGGAAAAGUCACGGUACUUGUCCGUGCCCAAGAUAUCGACGCAGCAUUCGGACGCGUGAGACAGACAUGCACAGCAUACGGCAUCUGGGAGGAGAAUUGGGUGUCUCGACUGGAGCCACUAGUCGGUGAUCUCGAAAAAGAAAACUUCGGUCUUGAGCCGAACACCUGGAACAAGCUCGUGGACUCGGUCGACGUGGUCGUUCACAACGGUGCAUUAGUGCAUUGGGUUCUCCCAUACUCUCGGUUGCGAGGACCCAAUGUCAUUUCAACCAUGACGGCACUCUCCAUGUGCGCAGCAGGCAAGGCCAAGAACUUUGGUCUUGUCAGCUCUACAUCAGUACUUGACACAGAUUACUUCGUUAAGCUCUCCGAUAAGAGCCUUGCUGAGGGCGGCACAGGUGUCUCUGAAGAAGACGACCUAGAAGGUGCUCGUAAGGGCCUAGGAACCGGCUACGGUCAGUCCAAGUGGGCUGCUGAAUAUCUUGCACGGCAAGCUGGGAAGAAGGGACUGAGCGGCUGUGUCAUCCGCCCUGGCUAUGUCCUCGGAGACCCAGAGUAUGGCACUACCAACACUGAUGAUUUCCUCGUCCGAAUCCUCAAAGGUUGUAUCCAACUCAAGUCUCGACCCGACAUUACUAAUACCAUCAACAUGGUGCCUGUGACACAUGUUGCGCGUGUCGUUGUGGCGUCGUCUUUCAACCCACCUAUCGCGCCACUCGGUGUUGCUCAGAUCACCUCACAUCCCCGUAUCACUUUCAACGAGUUCCUAGGGGCUCUUGAGAAGUUUGGAUACAACGUCCCAUUGGUCUCAUACCCAGAGUGGAAGCAGAAUAUGGAGAGCUAUGUGGCGGACCGCUCAGGCACGAAGGAGGAGAAUGCGCUUCUGCCGCUCUACCAUUUCGUGACUGGGGACCUGCCAGCCGAUACGAAAGCGCCUGAGCUUGAUGACAAGAAUGCGGCUGAGGCGUUGAAGAAGGACGAGGUAUGGACCGGACAAGACUGGAGUCAAGGAGGAGCGGUGACGGAGGAAACUGUCGGUGUGUACGUCAGCUAUCUAAUUGAGCUGGGCUUCAUGCCCAAGCCAGAGAAGAAGGGAAUCAAGGAGCUAGUAAUGAGUCGGCUGACAGAUACGAUGCGUGAGGGCAUGAAGCUGGUAGGUGGCCGGAGGGGUGUGUAGCAAAGUCUUGUCGAGCACAAGCACUGCAUGUUUAGAGCAUGGUCGGGUUCGAUAUUUUUCUACAUUCUAUACAGGGUAUACAAAA